AUGUAUAGAAUCAGUGAUCCAAACCAAUAUUUGGUAAAAACUGGUGCUUUUAUUGAUGAUGUUAAAUUAUGUAAAAAGGCAUGGAUAUUCCCUGGCCAAAGGUCCAUGUUUUUCGACAUCACUCCCGCAAAUUACACUUUACAACUUCAAGCUAUGACUGCAGAAAAAUUGGAAUUCAAUCUUCCUGCUGUGUUUACUAUCGGUCCAAAAGAUGAACACAAAAGUCUUGAACGUUAUGCCAAAUUGUUGGCAGCACAUGAUAAAAGUUCAGACCAUGUCAAAGAUUUAGUUAGGGGUAUCAUCGAAGGUGAAACUCGUGUAAUUGCUGCGGGCAUGACUAUGGAAGAAAUUUUUCGUGAAAGAAAAGGAUUUAAAGAACAAGUCAUCAAAAGUGUACAAGCUGAAUUGGAUCAAUUUGGCCUAUUCAUUUAUAAUGCUAAUGUUAAACAAUUACAAGAUACUCAAGGAUCUGAAUAUUUUGCUUACAUGCGUAUGAAAACUCAUGAAGGUGCUGUGAAUCAAGCAAAGGUUGAUGUUGCUGAAGCUAAAUAUAAAGGGAAUGUAGGAGCUAAAGACCGAGAAGGUUUAACGAGAAGAGAAACGUCAAAGAUUGAAGCUGAAACGGUUUUAGCCGAAAAUGAACGUAAAGUUACCAUUGCACAAGCGGAAAUGAAUCUCAGCACUAAAAAAUCAGAAUAUGAAAAACAAACAAAAAUAGCUGAAAUUGAAGCCGCACAAGCUGCAAAGAAACGUGAAGCUGAACUUCAAAAAGAGGUUGAAGAACAAGCUGAAGCUGCAUUAUACCAAAAACAGAAAGAAGCUGAAGGUGUGUUAUCUUUGUAUAACGCUCAAGCCGAAGGUAUCAAAAAUUUGAUGUUAGCAUUUAAUGGCGAUACUCAAGCAGCUGUUCAAUACAUUAUGAUUGAACGCGGCGUCUUCCAACAAUUGGCCAAAGAAAAUGCUUCGGCAAUCCAAGGCCUUAAUCCUAAAAUCACUGUUUGGAAUACUGGCGGUGAAUCUGCUCAAUCUUCUAAUAACCCAAUCAACGGUAUAUUUCAAUCUUUACCCCCACUUUUAUCAACAAUUCAAGAUCAAACUGGCAUUAAACCUCCUACUUGGAUUGCUCAAAUUAUAAUUGGCAAUUUUUCCAUUAUUGAUGAAGAGGAGAUAACCGAGAAAUGGAAAAAUGUUCAGUCAGAAGAUGACGACGAUGAAGUUCCUGUUAUAGUGGAUGAUGCAUCAAUCAUGGAGCAAGAAGAAAGAAAUAAAAAAUGGAAGCCAAUCGCAAUCGAACCAGAGGAUGAAAAACCACAACUAGUGUUACCAUCAAAAGAAGUUAUGGAAGAUAUUAUUUCAGCAACAACAACGACGGCGACAACAUCAAACUCUGCCAAAAUUGAAGAUAGCACAUUAAAUGAAAAUACUACUACUUCCUCUCCAAAAAAACGCAAAAAAGCUAGAUCAGUAUCACCUACACCUAAAAUGUCAUCAGGUUUAAGUGCUGGUUUACAUACAUAUGAUAAAGCACGUAAAGAAAUGGCUUUGGUUGAAAAAAAAAAGCGAGACGAGCUAAGAAAUUUAGAUCCAUCGUUAUCUGGUAAAGGUGCUGACGUUAUACAUCGUGAUAAAUCAGAUGACGUGGAAUUAAACGAGGAAUUGAAAGCAAAAGGACGUUGGAAUGAUCCGGCGGCAGAUUUCUUGAGUAGUAAAAAGAAAAAAAAAGGGUUGGAAAGACCACGAUAUAAAGGACUACAACCGCAACCAAAUAGAUUCAACAUAGACCCAGGUUAUAGAUGGGAUGGUGUUGAUCGGUCUAAUGGAUUUGAAAGACAAUAUUUUGAAAAAAUCAAUGAUAGAAUUUCACUAGAAAAACAAGCAUACAGUUGGUCAGUUGAAGAUAUGUGA